AAGAAUUUUCCAAUCCAUUUGCACCUUGAUCAAGAAAUGUAGUAUCAUUGGAGUGAUGAUUGAGACUCCAAAUUAAACUUGAGAGUAUCACAAUACACAAUAAUUUGGUGAAAUCCAAUGGAGUUCAAACAUACGUACCACUACCUCGAACUAACACUAUUGUUGUUUAAGACAGCCCUUAACCAUAAAUCUUGUCUUCCUCUUAUUCUCAUUUCUCCAUCUUCUUCAUGAUCCAUCCAUCCUCUAUAAAUCCCACUCCCCCCCAACACAUUUCUUUCAUCAUCACUCCAAGAAACCAGCCCUCCAGCCCCACCAUUGUUGAUCUAAAUCUACCAUAUUUCUUUCUCAACAUUCUCUCCUACCACUCAACCAGCACCGCCCCUUAAUUUGAAUCAUCGGAGAUGAAGGAGAUUUGGACGACCAUGGCGUCGAUGAUGGGAGUCUGGGCUUUCUGUCAAAGCCUCCUCCACACUGUCUUCCCGCCGGAGCUCCGGUUCGCGUCGCUCAAGUUCUUCCACCGCUUCUUCAGCUACUUCUCCUCCUUCUGCUACUACGACAUCACGGAGAUCGAUGGCGUCAACACCAACGAACUAUACAACGCCGUGCAGCUGUAUCUCAGCUCAUCUGCCUCCAUCUCCGGCACUCGUCUCAGCCUGACCCGCGGCAUUAACUCCUCCGCCAUCACCUUUGGGCUCUCCAACAACGACCGCCUCGUCGACUGCUACAAAGGGGUAACCGUUGAGUGGGAACACAUUGUCACUCAGAGGCAGGGUCAGACCGUCGCUUGGCGCCCGUUGCCGGAGGAGAAAAGAGGGUUCACUCUCCGGGUCAGGAAAAAGAACAAACACUUGGUGCUCAAUUCGUAUCUUGAUUAUGUUAUGGAAAAAGCCAAUGAUCUACGAAGGAGGAGUCAGGAUAGGCUGCUGUACACCAAUUCGAAGGGGGGAUCCUUCGAUUCGAGGGGUCAGCCAUGGGAGUCUGUGCCCUUUAAGCAUCCCAGUACCUUUGAUACAUUGGCUAUGGAUCCUUUGAAAAAAGCUGAAAUCGUAGCUGAUCUAAAGGAUUUUGCCAGUGGGGAAUCUUUUUAUCAGAAAACUGGGAGGGCGUGGAAAAGAGGGUACUUGUUGUACGGCCCGCCGGGGACUGGUAAAUCGAGUAUGAUCGCCGCCAUGGCUAAUUAUCUUGGGUACGAUAUUUAUGAUCUUGAGUUGACCGAGGUGAAUACAAAUUCCGAGUUAAGGAAGUUGUUGAUGAAGACUACUUCGAAAUCCAUUAUUGUUAUUGAAGACAUUGAUUGUUCCAUUAAUUUAACCAAUAGGAACAUGACCGGCUGCGGCGGCGGCGGCGGCCGAAAUUCCUGUUCGAGGAAGAAUAAUAUCUAUGAUGUUGCGCCGUCAACCCCGGUGGCUAACGGAGGCGAAGAUGGCGGCGGAAACACGAUAACGCUUUCUGGGUUGUUGAAUUUCACAGACGGGUUAUGGUCCUGUUGCGGGAGCGAGAGGAUCUUCGUCUUCACGACGAACCACAUUCAGAAGCUUGAUCCGGCAUUGUUGAGGAGCGGGAGGAUGGACAUGCACAUACACAUGAGUUACUGUUCUUUUCCGGCACUGAAGAUUCUCCUGAAGAAUUACUUGGGGUACGAGGAACGUGAUCUGGACAAAGAACUGCUGGAGGAACUCGAGGAAGUCGUCGACGCAGCGGAGAUGACGCCGGCGGAUAUCAGCGAGCUUCUGAUCAAGAACCGGCGGAACAAGAAGAAGGCCGCCGUCGAGUUGCUGGCGGUGCUCAAACUGAGGGCGGAGGAGAGGAACAGAAUGAAGUCGAGGGUGGGGAACGGCGACGAGGUUGAAGACGAGGAACAGGAGAAGAGGGCUUUGGACAGUCCGGUAGAGGGUUCCGAUCAGUUGCAAGAAAGUUGCAGUGAUUGUGAGGUAAAAGAUGGCUACAUUGUUGAAGAAGAUAAAGAUGAGGGAAUAAAGUAAUUUCUGCUGCUGUUUUUGAACCAUUUCUUGAAAAUCAUAUAAAAAAAAUAUAUAUUAAUUAGGAGGGGUUGAGGAGAUCAAAAAAAUCAAAAUUUGGCCCUCCAAGAAAACAUUAUUGUAGAACAAAUUUAAUGUCAUUUAUUUUUAGUGUUUGGUAAUGAAAAUUGGACUUCAGUACAAAUGUAAGGGAUCAAAUGUAUUUUUGUUCAGUAAUUUAGGUUAUUUUACAUUUUCGUCCAAUAAUUUUGAAAGAUAGUAUUGGGGUU